AUGAACUGGUUCGAGAAUCUAUUUGGUUUCAAAGAGGCAGCGUACAGCCUCACAAGAAGUCAUUUCUGUGAAAGGCGACUGCUGGACGGCGCAAUCCUUUUGGAGUCUAAAAUCGAUGGCCGAGAGUUCGACGUGGGACGGUUCACGAUGCCGACUCUGGAGUCAUUGAGAAACGAAUAUGCAGCUUUGGUCGAGGACAGUAUGAACAGGAGUGGACACCUCCGUAACGGCGCUUUUAGCCUUACUAAUAUUGUAGCGGACGUUAGGGACCUCCACAGAGACCCGCUGAAUAAGGGCGCUGUGUUCCAGGUGGCGAGCCAGUUCAACUGUUUAGAAAUGCCCAGCAUGAACUUGACACCUGAGGAUGGUAUCACGAACUAUAUCAACGACCCCACGCAGGGUCCGGCCUGUGCCAUGGAGUGCGCCCCUGGAACGCUGUAUAGGAACUACUUCGGCGGUCUUCAGGUCAAUGUCAAUCCCGAUGGGACUCUGAAUGACGAUGGUGAUGGUGAAUCUUUAGAGCCCGGGCAGCACGCAGAUCGUCAAAUCAACUGCCUGGCCUAUCUGGGUGAGGCCCUAGGGAACAACAUGGAACGCUACUGGCAUCUUAAAAACGGCUACGCCCUACCAUGCGAGUCGACUUCACUCGAUCGGCUAUCGGAUAGGCUACAGUCGCUGUCUGAGGACAAGCUGGAUGACCUAAGAGGAAAACUGGCUGUUGGUGUGCAGUGGAAUACUGAAGUGUCCUCGGUCGAGUACAGUGAGCAACGAGUAAGCCAGGUGUAUGCUUCUGCGGUACCGGUGGCGUAUGCAGCUGGUACUACUGCUGCCCAAUGGGAACCAUUUGCUAGACUGGUACUGAGAGGCUGCUAUGAGAGCACUCUACUGGUUGCGGCGUUGCUGGCUAUCGAACAGGGUAAACGGGAGAAGGUUUAUCUCACACUGGUCGGGGGCGGUGUCUUCGGCAACGAUGAAGGGUGGAUCGUGGAUGCAAUACGAGAGUCUCUAGUGAGUCUGGAGGCGAAGUUCGGCGGUUUCCUUCCGAUUGAUAUAGUCGUUGUCCAUCAUAGUCGAGUCAAGCCAGCCUUCGCAGCGCUUGAGGACUGGGCGAUUAUUCGUUCUAUUGUUAACUAG